UUCAAUGGGGCACUCGUGAUUGUCUUUUCUUCUCCUUUUUUUACGAAAAAAAAUAGGAUAGACUUAAAAUCAUGUGAAGAGUACCGAAUGCAUCGUGCGGUAAGAAUUGGUUUAUCGGGAACGUAAAGGCUGGUUGGCCAUCGUCUGGAAUGUAUGCCGCACCUCCAACGGGAACUCUACCUCCCUUCGUCAACGGUUCGCAAGCAUUCGUCUGUAGUAUUUAGACUCUUAAUUCCCCUCUUGCUUCGAAGCCUCCCAAAGCAUAUAUUUAAGCUCCCAAGUUUAUCUUGGUGGUUGGAUCCGACCACUUCUAUAAACGUCAUAACACUCCUUAUUUCCCCUUUUGCUGCCACACUGAAGAGGUCUUAUCCCGCUUUGCUUUUCUCUCUCUCUCUUCUGAGAAGUCGCACAGCGUCUGACAUUUACUCAGAUAUUAACUUUACUUUUCAAUUCUCUCUGCUUUCUCACCAUAUUCUCACAUCAGCAUGCUAUCUCUUUCCACCCUCGUGGCUUGUUCCUUAUGGGCUUCUAGGGCCCUUGCCGGCUAUGACGCGGGCGUCACCGAAAAUAUUGCGAUAUACUGGGGACAGAACUCGGCCGGCGCAAUUAGCGCAGGACAGCCUCAAAAGAACCUAGCGGAAUACUGCACUAAUGCGGCAGUGGACGUUAUCCCUAUCGCUUUCUUAUCCAGCUUCAACCCGAUCCAGCUGAGCUUGACAAAUAUGGAUGAUGACAAAAACCUUGGCGACGACAUUGCUGCAUGCCAGGGAGUAGGCAAAACGAUAUUGCUGUCUAUCGGCGGUGCCAUGUUCUACACAGGACCAUCCAGCCCGCAGCAAGCCCAAUAUCUAGCUGACCAAGUCUGGGCUAUGUUUGGCCCCCCGAGCGGUGGUCCUGCCCCGCGCCCAUUCGGCAAUACUGUUGUCGAUGGCUUCGACCUGGAUAUUGAAGCCCCGCUUCAGAACAUCGCACCCUUCGCCGCGCGUCUGCGUCAACACAUCGACGAUGCCAACAGCAAAGGGGGGCGGAGGUUCUAUCUCGCCGCGGCGCCGCAGUGCCCGUUCCCGGACCAGAACAAUCAAGCCAUCUUGCACGGUGAUGAUGCUGUGGCCUUCGACUUCGUCAUGGUACAAUUCUACAACAAUGCUAAGUGCGAUAUUCGAGUUUUCAGCUCCGACAAUCCCUCGGAGUCGGGCUUCAACAUGGACCAGUGGGAUAAGUGGGCGCACUCGAGCAAGAACCCAAAUGUCAAGGUCUUCCUCGGUAUUCCUGGUGGUCCUUCUGCCGUGACCUCCUCUGAGAAGGCGUCGUACAGGCAGCCCAACCAAUUAGCCCCUAUCAUUUCCUAUAGCAAGAAGUUCUCAAGCUUCGCCGGUGUCAUGAUCUGGGACAUGUCCCAGGUGUGGGCCAACCCUGGCUUCCUCGACGCUAUCUCUAACGACGUGAAGUGUCCCCCCACCGCAAACGCGCGAAAGUCAAAUACUGCGUCCCUUCAGAAGUCACGGCGUAACCAUCAGAGAGAGUGGAAAUUGUAGGUUGCUUGUGUAUAUAUAUCAUCGCCCACUCGGAUUUGAACCCAAAAAAUGUACGAAGGUCGGAAGAUUAUGUCGAGGGGACGUACAGGAUGUAGUCGAUGAUCGCAUUGGACCUCUGGUAGGCGCCGACUACUUGAUAAGGAUACUUUUAGCGGAACUUGGCCAAAACUUUUAGGGUCUUAGCAUUUCCCUAUGCGUACUAGGUAUAUAUAUAUAUAUAUAGGUUAAGGGGGUCGAGGGGGGAAUAAUUCUG